GUUUAUUGUGUUUCAUGAUUAAGUCCAGGUCAUUCUCUCACAGCAUUCAAGAAGGGUGAACAGGCAGGUUUGAUCACCAUGGCAGCUAACAUGACAGUCCAUCAGCAGGUGGCAGCACCUUCUAUGAAAGGCUGGAAGACGGGCCUCUUUGACUCCUUUCAGGACAUGAGUAUCUGUUGCAAUGAAUUCUGAUGCUGUCCUUGCUAUGCCAGCUCCACCACAGGAGAGUUUGGAGAGAGUACCUAUCUGCCCUUAAUGGACAUCAUAGGCCCUGCUUUCAUGGCUGCUAUUGGGGUGCCUGUCAUUGUGCCACCCGCAAGUCUGUCCAUGCGGGUUGCUGUACGACACAAAUAUGGCAUUCAGGGAAGCCUCUUUGAGGACAUCUUGGUGUCCUGCUUCUGUGCCUGUUGCUCGUGGUGUCAGAUGGCUAGGGAGAUCAAAGAGCACAAGAAGGGCUGCACUUUCAUAACCACCCAGCCUGUGUCCAUCCAAGUGCAGCCUCCUACCAUGACCACUUCAAAUGUAUCUUACAUGACCAACCAACAGGGCUACGUCAUAACCGGCCCACAGUCCCCCAACCAACAGAGCUACGUCAUAACCGGCCCACAGUCCCCCAACCAACAGAGCUACGUCAUAACCGGCCCACAGUCCCCCAACCAACAGAGCUACGUCAUGACCGGCCCACAGUCCUCCAGCAUGGCUGAGAUGUCCCCUGGUAUGAUGGGAGGGCCCCCUAACAUGGCCAGAGGGGGUCAAAUUAAGAUGGCAUCAGACCAACAUGCCAUUGCAGGCCAUUCACAAAUGACAACUUCUGAUCCACCUGCCUAUAACCCUGCUGUUAUGAUGCCCCCUGACAUGUAUAACCAUAUGGUGAACACCACUGUCUCCACCCAACCAUCCAAAUGCUGAGCUCUGCUGCUUCAUCUAAUCACUUUCUGAUAGCUGACCUUGCUGUAAUGUUCACAGUCAAUGAAUUAAUUAGAUUGAUGAAAAUCUGUUUUUAUAUGAUUUAUAGUCUGAGGUUUAAUUGAUGGUAAUGUCCACUGCUCAUUGUCUUGACAUGUAAUAAAGUCAUUUAUAUUGUGUU